GGCGGCAUGAGCGCCUGCGACGUCAAGGAGUACCUGGCCAGGAAGGAGAUCCCGCAGCUCUUCGAGAGUUUUAUUAAUGGAUUAAUGUGCCACAAGCCUGAUGAUCCAAUAGAAUACCUGGAAGGAUGUUUACAAAAAGUGAAGGAAUUGGGAGGAGCAGAAAAAGUGAAAUGGGACACCUUUGUCAGUCCUGAAAAAAGGAUUCUACCUCCACUUAAUGGCAGCCAGUCAAGAAGGUCAUUCUUCAGGAAUGUGAUGCCGGACAACCCCAACUUUCCUUAUCGGCGGUAUGAUCGACUUCCUCCAAUCCACCAGUUCUCCAUAGAAAGUGACUCAGAUCUCUCAGAAACAGCUGAACUCAUUGAGGAGUACGAUGUCUUUGACCCUGCAAGACCUCGGCCUAAAAUCAUCCUUGUCAUAGGUGGCCCGGGAAGUGGGAAGGGAACCCAGAGUUUGAAAAUAGCAGAACGCUAUGGAUUUGAGUACAUCUCUGUUGGUGAAUUGUUAAGAAAGAAGAUCCACAACACAAGCAGCAAUAGAAAAUGGAGCCUGAUUGCUAAAAUAAUUACCACAGGAGAAUUGGCCCCACAGGAAACAACUAUUACUGAGAUAAAGCAGAGGUUAAUGCAGAUCCCCGAUGAAGAAGGUAUUGUUAUUGAUGGAUUUCCAAGAGAUGUGGCCCAGGCUCUCUCCUUUGAGGACCAAAUCUGUAUCCCAGAUUUGGUAGUGUUUUUGUCCUGCUCAAAUCAGCGACUGAAAGAACGGCUAAUGAAACGUGCCGAGCAGCAGGGGAGACCAGAUGACAACCUCAAAGCUACACAGAGACGCCUUGUGAAUUUUAACCAGAAUGCUGUUCCGCUGGUUAAAUAUUUCCAGGAAAAGGGUCUGAUCAUGACUUUUGAUGCUGACAGAGAUGAGGAAGACGUAUUCCAUGACAUAAGCCUGGCUGUUGACAACAAACUGUUUCCCCCCAAAGACCACGUGGCAGGUCCAUGUGAACUUGAUCUUAAUCUUAUUGUGGACUCUGGAGAUAUUGCAGAUACAGAAUUUGACUUUGAAGACCAGAUAUAUGAUCCGUCAAAUCUUUCUGGACCUGAGAAUGUGGGAGGUGGACCCGGAUCUGGCAAAGGGACCCAGUGCAAGAAAUUAGCACAAAAAUAUGGAUUCACUCACCUGUCCACAGAAGAUCUCCUCUGGCAUGAAAUAUCAUCGUUGUCAGAAAGAAGUAAGACCAUAAGAGACAUAAUGGAAAGUGGUGAAGUCGUACCAGGGGAUAUUGUUAUGGAACUCCUGAAAGAAGCUAUGGAUGCCAAUUUAGGAGUCACAAAGGGUUUCCUGAUUGAUGGUUAUCCUCUGGAAGUGAAGCAAGGAGAAGAGUUUGAGAGACAGAUUGGAGAGCCAUCCCUGGUGCUCUGCAUGGACUGUUCCUCUAAGACAAUGAGCAGUCGUCUUCUGAAACAAAGUCAAAUCAACCAGUGCCUCGUGGACAAUGCUGAAGUCAUCAUGAAGAGUACUGAAAAUUACUACCAGUCAACUGAGCCUGUGAUUGCAUAUUAUGAAAACAAAAUUCCAGUAUUUAAGAUAAAUGCAGAAGGGACACCAGAAGAAGUUUUCCUUGAAGCAUGUUCCUCAGUCAACAUUUUUCUGAAGCAGGAAGAAACAGCAUCAUCUCUUUCACUCCACACACAGUAACUGCAGUUCUCUCUCACACACACACUCAACACAAGGGUCCUUGAAAAACACUGCUUGAAGCAAUAGCUGCUAACUUGAAAGGUAUCUGGAAUUAGUGCAUGUUGUAAACAUUGAAAAAAAUAUUUAAUUUGUACGGUACAGUAACUGCACACGUAUCGUAUGCUGAUAUGCAGUUUGCACUUCUCACAGGG